CUCAUCCGAGAAAGCGUUACACGCGCUGAAUGGGCAGCCCCCCGAGUGAGACGGCACGCUGAUUGUAGCCCACUGUACAGGAAUGGCACAGCUCUAUGAAGGGUUUGUGGCACAGGAUGAAGCGUGAACGCUCCCGGGAAGUUUAGCCUUUAUGAAAACUACUACGAAUGGUGCGCGCAGAGGCUCGACAGCGCUGACUAGCACGCGUUAACAGGAUCAACGUGCAGAGGGGGAAAAAAAGGAGACGAGUUUAGUGGUUAUUAGAAUUGUCAUCCUAAACAGUUGCAGCGUUUGGAGCUAGACAAGGAACAACCAGCUGGGGGGGAAAGCAGACUACCGGCGCUUAGUUUGUGUUGACUGUCAAUGUCAAAGAGGAACUGACUACAAACCUUAAAAUAAGAAGCCGGAGAAAUAGGAGCGCGCGCGUAGACGCACCUUGCCGGUUGUAUUUCUCGCAGCGAGAGAGCUGAAGCGACCCCCACGAGACAGUAGCGUGCCGGUGGAAUGCCCUGCAGCGGUUGGGUAUCUGUCCAAUAAACUGUCGUCAGGUACCAUGUGGAAGCACCCAGAUUAGUGAUGGGAAACUUUAUUUUUUUUAAUUUUUUGUUUCAUCGCCUGUGCCAGCCUGGAUUGUGUGAGCGGUCUUAAUUAGGGCGUCUCGCUGUUUAUCCAAUAAGUUUCAGCUGCUGCGCUUAAGUAAACGUGCCAAUUGUUGAAUUGCUGUCGGAUGAUGGAUUGCGCGCUCGUUCGGCACAGUUGGCAAACUUAAACAUUCCCGGAUCGCCAAGAAGCAAACCCGCUCGAUUUAUUAUCAUCAUUAGCAGCCUCGUUUGAAAUGCUGAUGCGUGACAGCCUUGGGAUUUAAUGAUGUUUUACUAAUGCGUUUGAUGGUUGAUUUGGCAAUGGAGCUUACAACUCUGAGAUGAGACCGGACUUCGGGAAUCCUUAUAUCUGACUGCCCGCUUCCAACUGCUGCUACUUCAGCUUUAUUCGCUGUCCUUUUUCGAGCUCCCUAAAAUGCUGUCGAGGUUUUGGUGAAUUAGAAUUUGGAUGAAGCUGCCCUUGCUACAGUAGCCAGUGUACGCGCGUCCACUCCGUGGCCAUGAGCACCAGUAUCGUGUACGAGUGGCUGCGUACUCUGCAGCUUUGCCAAUACGCGGAGUCCUUUCUGGACAACGGCUACGAUGAUCUGGAAGUUUGCAAACAGAUCGGGAAUCCGGAUCUAGAUGCCAUCGGCGUGCACAUCUCGUAUCACAGACAGAAAAUUCUGGACGCUGUACAGAGGCUGAAAGAUGAGGAGAAAGAAAGCGCAAGUGGACUAUACUUCACUCUGGAGCCAGAGAUGCCCGCCACCACGGAUAUCUACACUAGGCACAUGGCGGAGCAUUAUGAGCCCAAAAUGAGAGGGUCUAAGUCUUGGACAGAAGCUAAGGGUCGGGCCCCCGUCAGGAGUAAGCCGCAAGGGACCCACAAGGAGCUCGUCACGUAUCCUAGACUGAAACUGAAGAUCAUGAUCAGAGACAAGCUAAUCAGGGAUGGGAUUAAUUUGAGUAAGCCGCCGUACUCCAAAAAGGAUGGUUCAUUGGGUAACAUCGAUGAUUUGGCCCAACAGUACGCUGACUAUUACAACACUUGCUUUAGUGACGUGUGUGAGAGAAUGGAGGAGCUUCGCAAGCGAAGGGUAUCACAGGAAGUUGAAGAGGAGAAACCUGAUGCUAACUCUUCAUCACUGCAGUUGCGAUCCCAAGUUGAAGAGUCACUUGGCUUCAGCAGCACAGUGUCAACACCGGAGGUCGAGAGGAAGACACCACUUCACAAAUCAAGCUCUGAAGAUGGAUCUGUAGGAAAGAGUGAUUGCAAGAAGAAAAACAAAUCUUUUUGGCAGAACUUCCGCAAAUCACAAAAAGGUAUCAUGCGGCAGUCAUCAAAAGGUGAAGACAUCGGCUAUGUGGCUAGUGAGAUCACAAUGAGUGAUGAGGAACGGAUUCAGCUUAUGAUGAUGGUAAAAGAGAAGAUGAUAACAGUAGAGGAGGCACUUGCACGGUUGAAAGAGUAUGAGACCCAAAACAGACACUCCAACAGUAAUGAUAACAUAGAAUGGGCUGAUGGAUCAAGUCCAAAUGUCAUUGAUUCCUCUCACUGCAAUUCCUGUGACCAGUCCGACGAUGAAGCUGAAGAAUCCACAAAGUUCAAGCGACUGCACAAGCUGGUAAACUCCACCCGCAGGGUGAGGAAGAAGCUGAUUAAAGUUGAUGAAAUGAAAAAGCCUACUGCUGAAGAACUAAGUUUUGAAGGCUCUCCUACUUGUGAGGACAACUCUGCACUAUAUACGGGAAUACAAAAGAAACCACUUCGUCAAGAGGAUUCCUCCUCUUCUCUGCAGCAGCAGCUUUCCCACGAAGAUGACUCUGACAGCGUAACCACUUCUCCCUCUUCUAGCAGCUUGGACACCUGGACUGGCCGUAGACUUGUCAAAACCUUUGGCAAGUCAAGCAGCAAUCAUGGGCUUAUAAGACCAACAAAAAAGUCUAGCUGUGGAGGUAGUGGAUCCUCCUUUUCAUCUGGAGUAGAAGGCUAUGGAGAGGAUGAAAAGGUACAGAAAGUUUCUCGCUCCAUGACAGACGGUGAGAUGAAGAAAGCACUAAGCCCAGUGAGCCAUGGGGUAAGUAAUGAGAGCAUUUAUGGGUUUUAUGGCUUGACCAAGCCCAAACACAACCUGUUGGUUUCUUUGGAAGAGAUCCAUAGUGUCAAAAAACAGGUUCAUCUUAGGAAAAUAGAUGGUAACUACUCAUGUUCCAGAAAUUUCCUCUACCAGCGCCCUGCUACCAAGGUGGCAGUGUCCUCUCCUCCCACACUAUCUCGUGACCUUCAGCUACUACGAGAGAAAGCCAAGGGAAGUAGCUGUGGAAGCAUAAGCUAUGGCUUUCCCAACCGCAAACUGAGGGGGCGAACAGCUGUCAGUGAAUUCAAUAUUACCUAUGUAGUGGAGCGAAGCCUCUAUGGACAUCUGAACUGGUCCCAGCUUGUACGCCCUGUGGCAGACCGGACGCUAAGCAAAGCUGACCGACAAGAUCUUCGCCGAUGCCUUCUGGAUGAAGAAUGGGAGUCAGAAAGAAAGUGGGCAGCGACUGUGGACCGUUGCACCAAAAGGGUGUUUUUACGCUUUCAGCAGAAGUCUAGAACAUGUAGCUUUGGAGGAUUUGAUCUUUCAAAUAGGUCAUUGCACGUUGCUUAUAGUGGUUCUGACACACAGCAGAGCAAAGACAGAGAGAGAGAGGCCUUUUACAGAGAAGUAGUGAAGUCUCCCACUACUUCUCGAAUAUCACUUGGCAAGAAGGUGAAAUCUGUGAAAGAGACAAUGAAGAAAAGAAUGUCCAAGAAGUACAGCAGUUCUGUAUCAGAACAGGAGUCCAGCCCAGAUGGGAUGCCCAGCUCCCCACAAUCUCCCCAGCCUGACACUGAUUCCUUGGAGAAGCCCAAACUGAAAGCAGGAGGGUCCGUGGAGAGCCUGCGUAGCUCCUUAAGUGGUCAAAGUUCAAUGAGUGGACAAACUGUGAGCACAACAGACUCUUCAGCCAGCAACCGAGAAAGUGUCAAGUCUGAGGACUGUGAUGAUGAGGAACCUCCUUAUAGGGGGCCAUUCUGUGGGCGAGCCCGGGUCCACACAGACUUCACUCCAAGCCCAUAUGACUCUGAUUCACUCAAACUGAAGAAAGGUGAUAUUAUAGACAUCAUCAGUAAACCUCCUAUGGGGACUUGGAUGGGCCUUUUAAACAAUAAGGUGGGGACUUUCAAGUUCAUCUAUGUUGACGUGCUGAAUGAAGACGAAGAAAAACCUAAACGGCCAACGAGACGGAAAAGAAAGGGUCGUCCUCCAAAACCAAAUUCUGUGGAAGAACUGUUAGAACGCAUUAACCUUAAGGAGCACAUGCCAACGUUUCUUUUCAAUGGCUAUGAAGACCUGGAUACUUUCAAACUAUUGGAAGAAGAAGACCUAGAUGAGCUAAACAUUCGUGACCCAGACCACAGAGCGGUGCUGCUUACUGCUGUGGAGCUUCUACAGGAAUAUGAUAGUAAUAGUGAUUUGGAAAGGAGCGGCCACACAGGUUCUCAGGAGAAGCUUCUUUUGGAUGGUCAAGGCACGAUGGGGGACUCACCUCGGGACUCGGGCUGUUACGAGAGCAGUGAAAAUCUGGAGAAUGGUAAAAGCAGGAAAGGUCAUUUAAUGGUCAAAUCUGCGGGGCAUGACCGACAGUCAGCAGAAUUCCUUGUACUUCCACGGGCAAAAUCCUCUGAGCUAUUACAACAGCAUGCCAAAAAGGAACGCAAAUUUAGCAAACGUCACUUUACGAAACCGUCCAUUAAGCCUUUCAGCGUUCUGAAAAAGAACCGGCGAAGCUCCCAGGUGCCUGUGAGUCGCAGUUGUGAAAAUCUAGAUGGGCCGCAGUCAGAACAGGAGGUGUGGAAACGGUCACACUCACUCGGAGAUCUCCAUCACACUGGUGACAGAGACCAAAAGAAAAUGUGCAAUAUGGGCUUUAAGGUCAUCAGGCCUUCCAGUGUGUGUGUGAACCCCGUUUUUGAGCGGAACAGCUGUGGUCAUUCACUUAUUAAAAUCAAAGAGGGUGAAGCUGGGACAAAAUCAUCAAAGCUGACUAGUGACUUUCCUUCUGAGCUGAAUACAGACUGUACAAAUUUACAACAAGACAAGAGAGAAUCUUGUACUAAUGCACAGCCCAGUCUGGCUCAUUCAGAAAGAAUUGGGGAUCCAGUGUCUCUAGACCAGGACCUUGAAAGCAGUGAACCUAAGACAUAUUCAAAAAAGUCCUCACAACCCCCUCCAGUCCCUGUCAAGAAGUGCAGAGAUCGAUUGGUCAAUGGACUUUAUCAUCCCCCUUUAAACCUCUCUAACCUGGAUGCCCCCAUGUUUCCCUUAAAAAAAAGUAAUCCUUCCAGCCCCAUCGACUUUGGACCAUCAUGCAUUCCUGCAGAAGGAGACGUGGAUCCUCCUAUUGCCAGACCACCAUGGCUGUCUGAUCUUCCUGACACUGCUUGCCCUCAAAUGCAUGGAAUCAAGCUGGGGGCAGCUUCUGGGAGGAAAAGUCUUCAUGUGAGGGGAGCAGACUUAGAAAUGCUAUUGGAGCACAGGCUGGAGGCUGAAGGCAUUGACCUCACAGAGGAGCCGUAUUCUGAUAAGCAUGGCCGUUAUGGUAUUCCAGAAUCUCUGGUUCAGAGGUAUGCUGAAGAUCUUGGAUAUCCGCUGAAAGACGUGGCGUCAAACAUGGACCAAGUUCGCAUGAAACUGCUGCGUAAACAACACCGAAUGGCAAUCCCUUUUGGAGGUCUCACUGAAAUGUGCCGAAAACCUUUGUCGCCAGGACACAUCGACACAGUCAAUGACUGGCUGGUCUCCGCUGGUCUGCCUAUGUAUAAUAAGUUGUUAGUGGCCGCAGGCUAUGACACGCUGAACAAAAUCACAGUUCUGUCAGAGACUCAUUUGCAAGAGGCUGGCAUCAAGGAUAAGCGCCAUAUAAGCAGACUGUUAACAGCCGCCAAAUUGGUAAACCUUGAUGAAGCUCCGUCUCACUAGCAAAGAUGGGGACUUUUUCUUUCAGUUGAAUUUGAAUUUAUUAAAUUUGUCAUGUAUUCCUGUUGCCAAGAAUUCAAACGGGAGGCCUUGUGAGGACUGUUACUUUUUUAAAAUUGCAAAAAGGGGUUUCCGUCAAGAUGGGUCAAGUCAGAUGGAAAUUUGAAAAACUGCCUAUGAUGAUAUUGCACAAAAUUUGCAGUUUAGAAAAAUAGCUAACAAUUAAGUGCUUGGUUGGGUGUCAUCUGCUGGAUGCAGAUGAAUAAAACCAAUUAAAAAAUGUCUGAUAGGCCAGUGCGAAGCUGUCUUUCAUUCCUGGUUUCCACAGGUAGAGAUUACAGAAGGGAGGGUAUGAACGAAGUAGGACUCGCAGUUCUGUCUCUCUGUCUGUCUGCCUGCCUGCUCUUUUAACAUUGUCUUGAUCUCUGUCAUUUUCUUUUGCCUUACCAACAGCUAUGUAAAGAUAUUUUUUAUCCGUAUAUAUUGUUCUAUCCAGCUAAUUCAGGUUCCAGUUGCAUGUGUCUGAGGUCCUGCGAUGUACUGUACCUCUUUUAACUUUUUAACAUGGAGUCGGUCAUAGCGACGUUUCAAGUUUUGGCAAAUUCUAACAACUAAUUCAGCUCAUUAGUUUCUGCCAAAAGCCCAAGCCAGCUUAUUUAAUUUAGACAGAAAUAUGUUGUCAUGGUGUUAAGCCAAACUGCAUUAUAGACAAACACAAAUGUUUAAUGAACUGGAUUUUUAGUGUUUUAUUGUCUUGUCUUUUUUCACUAUUUUAACCUUGUGGAAACAUCUAAACUUGAAAUAACCACAGAAAGCCAAACCUUCUUAAUAUGGACUGUUCUUGUUGCCAAGUCUGAAUCUGCUCUCGUCCCACAGAUGGGGAUAGUUUUUAGAGCAGGUGAAGUAAAUAUUUAGGUGGUGGAUGCCACCUGAUCAUAUCCCAGCUUCCUUGUAACAUGUCCCAUGUUGUAUUAUGUCAUGUCUCUGUAUGCAGACUCAAAUGUAAAUCCAGGUUUGGAGAAAAACCACAAACGUUACCUUAAGGGGACUGCCUUUGCCUGUGCUACACAUUCCAUGUUCUCUCCAUCCGCCUUAAUGGGUCACUGUCAAGCAAGCGGACUCCACUUCUCUCUCUCGGCUCCUUCCAAACACAAGUCCGUCUGAAGAAGAAUCCAAAAAUCUCGACAUACAGGAAAGCGAGCUGUGACUUGAGGAGAGGUGUUAAUGGAGCAGAAGUAAAUCCACUACGCUGAAAACACCAACUUUUAUUGAGUAAUUCUGUAUGCAGGCUUUUGAAAAUCAGGUCUUCAGAUUGCUUGCUGGUUUCCAUGAAAAAGUUUUGUGUUAAAAGACCGCUUGACGUUUGGUUUCCUACCUGGAAGUCUUCCGAGUGAAUUGGCAAAGCAGACCAGCCUUCACUUCUCCCAAGUCUGUGCACAGUCUUACUAAUUUGUGACUUCCAAAUCAUGUAGGUGACCUGUCAAUUAAAAUUUCUGGAGAAAUUUAUAUAAAAACUAACAAAUGUUGCACAUUCUGUAUAUGAAAUUGAUAUUUAAAUAACUUAUUUUUGGCCAUUUUCUUUUUCAUAUCCAAUGUAAUUAGCUGUACAAUACUAGUGAAAAUGCGCUGCUGCAGAAUUGCUUUAGCCAGUGGAAAGCUACCAUAUGAAAUGUAAAAUAUACCUGUGUAAAAAUUAUUUUAUGCUGUUUUCGGCCUUCAAAUUAUUGUUCAUAAAGAUUUUUCCUGUGUAUUGAAACUGAACAAAUGUCUAUUGGUCAUUCUGACAUAAUAAAUUUUCUUUGGCAUCAA